AUGCAGAAAAUCUGGCAGCCGCUGAACUUGUCUGAAGUUUGCCCACCACACGCGCCGGUCUCAGCCUGCUCGCAUCUCGGAUACGUGUAUCUCAACUUGCUCGUGCAACUUUUCGCCGGGUCCAAGGACUUACGGAUCCAGAAACAGUUAGGCAUCUAUGACGAUGGGCCUCAUAGAGAAGAAGUAUACGACUUCAUAGUGGUCGGAGCGGGAACUGCGGGAUGCGUAGUCACCAAUCGACUGACUGAUGUCGAUCAUUGGAAGGUCUUGCUACUGGAAGCGGGGCCGGAAGAGCCGGAUGUAACAUUGGCUCCGGCGCUGACUAGGGCUUUGCGCGCGUCUAACAUUGACUGGAAUUAUUACACGGAACCUAAUGGAAAGAGUUGCUUGGCAUAUCCUGGGCACAGAUGUAGUUGGCCUAGAGGUAAAGUGAUGGGUGGAUCCAGUUCAAUUAAUUCUAUGGCAUACGUGAGAGGUAACAAAUUGGACUAUGACACCUGGGCGGCUAUGGGUAAUAAAGGAUGGAGUUAUAAAGAUGUUUUACCAUAUUUUAAGAAAUCCGAAUCCAAUAUGAACAUGGAGAGAUUGGAUCGCAAGUACCAUGGAGCUAAAGGUGAACAAGCCGUCUCUCGAUAUCCCUUUAUCGACCAACCUUCAAUAAUGCUGACGGAAGCUAACAACGAACGUGGUCUGCCCAUUUUGGAUUGGAAUGGAGCUCAGCAACAGGGCACAAUGCAAUCACAAUCAUUCUCUGAAGACGGCAAGAGAGUAUCAUCCAACACAGCUUUCAUACAGCCCAUUAGAUACAAACGGAGGAAUCUAACUGUAAGACCUAACUCCGAAGCAGUCAAAAUCCUUGUCGAUCAGCACAAGAGAGCCUACGGUGUUCAAUAUGUAAGAGAUGGAAAGUUACAUACAGCUUUAGCACAGAAAGACAUUGUUGUAAGCGCAGGAGCUAUUAACUCCCCCAAACUAUUAAUGCUUUCUGGUAUAGGACCCAAAGAACAUUUAGAAGAGUUACAUAUACCGGUUGUAGUCGAUCUUCACGUUGGGUACAAUCUUCACGAUCAUGUAACAUUUAACGGUAUAAUAAUUGCUUUGCCUAACAAAACUGCCACCACAGUAAGUAAUGAAGAAAUAUUGGAACAUGUUAAACGUUACCACGAUAUGGAACUGAAAAGUGGACCAAUAUCAGGCGACGGGCCUACCUGCUCUGUCUCUUUCCUCAAAAGUAACCCUGAAUUGCCAGCGCCUGAUAUACAAUAUCAGGCAGACCCCUGCUUGUUGGAGGAAGCUCUCCAAGACCUACCGUUGGCUGAGAGAACAUCAAUUUGGCCCUCAGCGUUCUACAACGCCAUACUACCAAGGACAAUGAACCUUGUGCCUAAAAGUCGAGGUCGGUUAACAUUAAAUUUAACUGAUCCAAACGCGGCUCCUAUUAUGCAACCUGAUUACUUCGGCAACCCUGAAGAUUUGAUACCUCUAAUCAUAGGAGUGCGGUUUUUGAUAAGUUUGGAAAACACUGAAGAGUUUAAAAAAAGAGGUGCCCAUUUUGUAAAGGUUCCUUUGCCACCUUGCCGGUAUCUGACUUGGGGUACUGACGAGUACACUGAGUGCUUAGCAAGAUCUUACACGUCAAGUCCAUACCAUCCUGUAGGAACUUGCAAAAUGGGCCCGGAGUGGGACGAAACAGCUGUCGUAGACCCUAGAUUGAGGGUGUACGGCAUAUCUGGUCUGAGAGUUAUAGAUGCUUCCAUAAUGCCUGUUGUACCUCGGGGGAAUACGAAUGCACCUGCUCUCAUGGUUGGAGAGAGAGGAGUGGAUCUUGUACUGGAGGAUUGGCUGCCUAACUAUGAACAUUUAAAAUAUAUACUAAAACUAUAAACAAUUGGUUUUGAUACUAAAAAGGAAAACGUGUUUAAAGAGAAUGUAAAGUCUUCGAUACCUACAUUGUAAAAUUGUAAUACGUCUGUAUCCGUAUGUAUCCGUCAAAUUUCUAGAAUAACAACGAUAGGCACUUAAAAUGUAUUUAGUUAGUUAACCAAGGAGCUAAAGUGGUGAAAUCUGGCCAAAUGGUCUGUUUACAGUAAUUUUGUAUUUAGUGUAAUUUGUGUUAAAUGAUUUAUGAAGAGCCUAAUGGCUAGGUAUAUUAUCUACCUACUAUCAAUAUAAAUUUUCAAGUUAUCGAACAUUAUUACAAUUUAUUGCA